AUGUCUUUUGCUAAAACAUGCCUGCAAAAUAUUAAGAAUAAAGGUAUCACUGAUGAAAUAACCGUACAGAACGAUAUAAGAAAAUCAAACAUGUCAUUAGAAGAACUUCGAAACCUUUGCCAACUUUUAAACCUUGAUUCUGGAGGAAGUAAACCUGAUCUUAUUGACCGUUUGAGAAAAAUCAGUAACAACUCAGACUUACCACUAUGUGAAUCUU